AAGGGAGUGGCGCGCAGCUGUUCGCCUAGAAAAGAGAGAAAGCUUGUGACCGUUGAAUCGCUUCGUGCCGCUAACUGUUUCAAAUGGGCCCUAUAGCCUAGCGUUUGCCUUCUUCAGUUAAAGCUCCCGGAUUCCUGCUUGGUGUGGGUCGCAUCUAAGGUUACCAUCUGGAAACUUAAUUGGAAAGUCCUAAUGGCAUCCAUUCCAUCGACUGGAUCACUUGCAGCAACCCAUGAUUAUUACAGGAGGCGCCUUGGUUCAGCUUCCAGUAAUAGUUCCUGUGGCAGCUCUGAGCACAUUGGGGAAGUGAUUCCACACCACCCAGGAUUACCAAAGUCUGCAUCGGGCCAAUGGUGGAUCAGUUUUUUCUUUGGGAAAACACAGAACCAUCCAGUAAUGACAACUCUCACCGAGUCCUCAGAGAGUGGGAAGAUAAACUGCAUCCUGCCUCAAGAAAUGGUGAGGAAGAGGCAUGCCAGUGAGCCCAGCAAAACUUCAUCUUAAUGACUGACUUCCUGAAGAAAACGCUAGGAAUUUUAGGUGUUCCUAACUAAAUUUUAAAAGCUGCUUUAGUUUAAACUUGUAAUCAAAAUAUAAUCAAGAUUUUUGUGGAUUAAUGACUUGUUUAACAUCUUGUAAUAAACUUUAGCAGCCCA